UAAACCGUAUCACAUAUAUGAAUGGGCCAAGAAAUGGCCCUGAUCCAGCUCUAGUGGUGGGCCACCAUGUCGAGCGAGCCAACCAUCGACCUGGACGAAUGGGACAAGUUGAUGAUCGUGUUCGCUGCGGCCCUCUUCCUCAUGCUCGUGCUGGUCCUGCUCGUCUGCUCGCUCAACCCCCUGUGCUGGCUCCACAGGUUCUGUCCCUGCAAGUAUGAGGACAGUGAGAAAACCCCACUACGACCAGUGUAUGGGGCGGUGUAUGACCCUGGGGUCGCCCCAGGCAGGAAUGGAUACGGGAUCAAAGGUCAACAGGGGCCGCUGUGGCAUCCCAUGGUGCCUCUGCGCGAGUCUGAGCUCUCUGAUUGGUCAGAUAUUAGCAUGCCAGAGAUCAUUGAGAUGAAACAGGAGAACAACAACCGCCAGAGAAAGUCCUCCAGGACCAGCGACUACAGCAGCAGCGCCAGCGCCGUGGUGUCCCCUGUCCAGGCAGAGAGUCGACUGGCGUACGGCGUCAACUUCGACAAGAUGCAGGGCGUCUUGUAUGUCCGCGUUAUACAGCUCGGCAACUUCAGGGUCAUCGAACCGGAGGGUGCUACCAUGCCGUACGUCAAGGUUCGAGUCUACCGGGCACCAAAGCAGUUCUUUACAUUUAAGGCAAAGCCCAAAGAGCUGCCCCUCAGCAGUCUAGAGAGCGAGGUACAGACGAGGAUCUUGAGACGAACAGACAACCCGUUGUUCAAUGAGACAUUCAAGUUCCCUAUAAUGGACCAGGACAUUUCACAUUACGUGCUGAGGUUCUUAGUCUGUGAUCUGGAUCAGUUCUCUAGGCACGUCAUUGUAGGUGAGACAGUUCGUGACCUCGCUAAAGAGGAGAUACCUGUAGGGGAGGAAGUUUUAUUCAAUGAUCUUCUGUUGGUUCCACAAGAGGAAAAUCUGGGAGAGAUCCAUGUGGCUCUGAUGUACCUGCCAACUGCCGAGAAACUCAGCGUCAUGAUACUCAACGCUAAAAAUCUUCGAGUGGUUGAUGGCGUAAAAAAUCAUAUGGAACUCUACAUUAAAGUCACACUUAUGUUUGAUGGGCGGCCACUUAAGAAAAGUAAAACAACUGGCAAACUGCAUGACAUGAACCCUGUGUUUAAUGAAACUUUUGUCUUUGAUGUUCCUGCCUACCAGCUGGAUAAGAUCUACUUCAGUAUUGCUGUUAUAGGAGUGGACAAGGACAAAGAAGAUGGCCGCCACUUACUUGGCCGGCUAUACAUUGGUGUGAACUUUGACUCCGACGCCAGAGCCCAGUGGCUGGAGAUGGUUAACAAUGCCAGAAAACAGGUCGCAUGCUGGCACAAACUUCAGAGUUGAAUGUCCAACAAACUUUGUUGGGUCUGUUUCAAAUGUUAAUAAAUGUGGGUUUUUUUUAAACAGCUGUUAACAGUAAUUAACUAAAAAUAAAGUAAUUUAAUCUACUUAAUAAAGAAAAUUUUGAAUAAAAACCAUUAACAUCAUUGUUAGCUGAUCUAAAUUUUUUGGAAGAAGUUUUAUCUUUUACUAAUUUCAUAAUUAUCAAAAUUCUAGAUUUAAUGUUCAGUUUAAAAAUGGAAAUGAAAUCACAAACUUCAAUAUGAAACACAAGAAAUAAAAUCUUUCAAAGAAAGGAAACUGUUGUGAAUUGUUUUGAAAAAUGUAAAUGUUUAAUAUUGUCUUCUUUUUAUACAACAUUUCAGACACUGUUAUUCAGUAAAUCUUGAUAAUGUGUAAGAAAUGUUAAUGUUAUUGUUAUGUUAGGCCUGAAUACAAGUUGUAAAUAUAAUCUGAAUUGAUUUAACCUGAUAAUUUUAUAUACUUAACUUGGUGGUUAUAAAGCUGUGGUUGUGCUAGCUUUACUUUGUAAAUAUAGAUCUAGAAUAGAAAUUGGGUUUCAAACCAAUAAUUAUGGGUAAUAGACUUUGUUCCAUUGUUUAUCAUGUUCAAAUGGCCAGUGCUUGAUGAAAAAAAAAUCUUUUUUUUUGGCUUUAAAAAAACAUAAAUUGUAUUGUUUUUUUUCAUAAUUUUUACUGAAAUAUACAUUAAAAAAAAAAACUUUAAUUAGGAAUAAUUAUACAGAUUAAUUUAUACAAGUCAAAAGCGAAAGAAAUAAAAGUAAUUUUAUUGAUAUUGUAGUUUUUUUAAAAUUAUCUCUUUAGUUGAUGAAUUAUAUAUGUCAUUUAAAAAGCAAAUUUUAUACACCCACCAUAUAAGUCUUAAACCAAAUGCAUGCUUAUAGUUUAGCUGCUACACCCACUUCAAUAAGAACCACAUUAUGAAGGAUAUAUAAUUUUAGGUUUAAUUCAUUCAAAUUUUAAAAUUCCAUUGUUUAUAGUUUUUGUAUUUAAAUUUUAUGCUUUUCAUUCAAUCCGGAUUUAGUUGAUUAAAAGACUUAUCUCUUCUUUUUAGCUAACAGUGAAUUUCAACCUAAUUUUAACAUGUAAAAGGCUAAUUCAUUUAUUGUAUUAAUGCUAAUGUCUACAUUUUCUUCAUAAUCCUUGAACAGAGUAAUGGCUUCACAGCCAACUAUUAUGCAAAUAGAUUUAGAUUUUUCAUAAUUGAGUAAACUUGAAAUAUUUUAAAAUAUAAUUUCUCCCAAUCCAUAAAACUCAAGCAGUCUGUUGCAUUCUACUUGUUGAUAAUUCAAGAUCACUAAAGCAUUUUAAAAAGCCAUAACUAAAUUAUUUAGAGUGAGUUAAUGUAUUAUCAUUUCUGUUAAAUUCUUUGUUACAUUGGUGUAUGUAGCCUAAUUAAUGAAAAGAUAUACAAAAAUCAAUGAGUCGUUAUACUUUCCUGCAUGCUCUGAAACUCUCAACUAAAUAAUUUAACUGCUGAACUGUGAAAAAUUAAAUUUUAUGAUUUCAAAAUAUUUUGUCUUGUUGGGAAUAUUAAGGACUCAAAAAAAAAAACUAGUUAAGUUGAAAAAAAUCCAUGCUGAAUUAUAGAAUAUUAUUUAAAGAUUGUUAUUGCUUUUAAAUCACAAUACAUUGUUCAUUAAAAAAUAAUUAAUUUCUAAAUAAUGAACUCUUUAAAAAUAAAUAAAAUCAUUUUCUCCUGGUAAUAAAUAUAUCAAAGAUGAAGUGAAAAUUGUAAACAAGCAAGGUUAGGCGAUUCAUGAACAGAAAAUCUUACUAUUCUCAUUUCUUUGUAUAACUAGGUACCAGCAACAGUAAAAAAAAAACUGUUAUGUAAAUAAACAUAAAGCUUGCCUAUAAAUUUAUGUGAAAAACAUAAAGCUCGGGAAUCGGUUCUGUGAUAUCUUUGUAAAAUAAAAAAAUUUCUUUUCCUCUUCCGUACACAUUAUCACAUAUGGUACCUGUUAAGCACUUAUAAAUCUCACUUAAUUCAUAUUUUGAUUACAAUUUUUUUAAUCUAAUCAUUUUUAAUUUGUCAAACUUUCAUAUUGGCAAUUUUAAAAAUUAACCUGUUUGUUCAUGCAUAUGUUAUCACUGUUGAUCAUGCAAAAUGUUAGCUAGUUCACCAGGUAAAUUUGGAUGGUUGGAUCCAAAAAUAAAGUUGAAAUGGAUCUUAAAUGUUGAAUUGAUAAUGUAUAAAAGUUGAAAUGCAGCUAAUGUGUUCAUAAAAUUUCACUUGUUUUUUUUUUAAAGAAAAGUUGUAAUUAAUUGGGCAUUUUUUUUUGGAAAAAAUUUAAUUAUAUCUUAUUAUGUUGUGUUUAAUGUGCAUUAAAUAAUAAUUCAAUUUUUUCACUUAAUGUCACUAUACUAAACUAGUUGCAUUAGAAUCUAAAGUUUUUUUCUAUGAUUAAUUAAUUUUAUUGUUAAUUAUCUUUUUUAUAUAGGGCUAGUUACAUUUAAAUAGCUCUACAACUAAUGUAUUUGUUAAUUUGGUUAAGGUAUUUGAAUAAUUAUUUAAUUAAAUAACUUGUCAUUAGUGUUAGUAUGAGUUCAAUGUGUUCAACUUCAUAAUAAAGUGUAACAAAACAUGUGUAUUGAAGAGAAAUUACCCAUAAAAACUUUUUCACAUUUUAAUGAUCAACAAGUCAGGUACAAUUGAAUGUUCAGCACAUACUUCACUGCAGCAUUAUAUUUAAUCAGAAUUUUAGGGUAGGAGCAGAGAACUGUAAUGUGGAACUGGAGGUAUAACAACUGGUUACUUCCCUUCAUUUAGCUGACACAAAAAGUCAGUUUUACAGUGUUGGGAUUCGCUUUGGUUAGAAUAUAUAUAUAUAUAUAUAUAUAUAUAUAUAUAUAUAUAUAUAUAUAUAUAUAUAUAUAUAUAUAUAUAUAUAUAUACAUUACUAAUUAUUUAAUUUAUAAAGUAAAGCCACUUAGGUGAGUGGGUAGCUUGUUUUGAUAAAAAAAAGUAACUUUUCAGUGCAUGUUAGGGAAUUUGUGAUCAAAUAUUUUAAUUGAUAUUAUGACAAGUCCACAGACAAAAUCUGAAAACUAAUUUUUCUCAUCGAAGCAAAAUGUUUAUUAAUGCUGAAAUUGUACUUUUUUUUGUAAACUAACCAACAUUGCAAUAACCAGUGUUAUUUUCUUGCACACUUAGGUGCGUGGGUAGCUUGUUUUGAUAAAAAAAAGUAACUUUUCAGUGCAUGUUAGGGAAUUUGUGAUCAAAUAUUUUAAUUGAUAUUAUGACAAGUCCACAGACAAAAUCUGAAAACUAAUUUUUCUCAUCGAAGCAAAAUGUUUAUUAAUGCUGAAAUUGUACUUUUUUUUGUAAACUAACCAACAUUGCAAUAACCAGUGUUAUUUUCUUGCACACUUAGCUCAUGUAUUUACUGUCAUUAACAUUUUAAGAUAUGAUAUGUUUAGAACUGGUAAAAUGGGAUGUAGAGAUGCAUAUUAAAACUAUGUAAA